UUGCGUCACGCCUCUUCUCCACGUCACAGCAGCAGGAUACUCAAGGUUACGGUGAGCAGCACGCUGGAGGAAGAAUGGACUCAUAUCUGAGCAGUGUCCGUCGGUCAGUCGCCAUCUGACAGGAUGCAUAUCGCUGACUUUGUGUCCGGAUCAUUUGCAGGGGCAUGUGGAGUUGCAGUGGGAUACCCUCUGGACACGGUCAAGGUGCGGAUCCAGACCCAGAAACAGUUCACAGGGAUAUGGCAGUGUUUUGUGGCGACAUUUUCAAAAGAAGGGGUGCAUGGCUUCUUCAAAGGCAUGUCCUUCCCCGUCACCACCAUCUCUUUGACGUCCUCAGUGGUGUUUGGCACGUACAGGAACUGCCUGCAGUGUCUGAGUCAGGCCAGAGGAGCUGGUUUUGGUCCGAACACCAAACUAGAAAUCUUCCUGUCUGGCUUGGCGGGAGGUAUAGCUCAGACGUCAGUGAUGUCUCCAGGUGACAUCGUGAAAGUACGUCUGCAGUGUCAGACGGAGUCCAAGCAAGGAGGCACCAACAUGCCCAAACCCAAGUACCGUGGUCCAGUUCAUUGUCUGCUGAGCAUCAUCAAAGAGGAGGGGUUCAUGGGGCUGUACAGAGGAGCGCUCCCGCUCAUGCUGAGAGAUGGGCCGUCCUACGCUACAUACUUUCUGACUUAUGCAACCAUCUGUGAAUGGCUGACGGACGGCAGCAAGAAAAGACCAGAUUGGAGUGGUGUGAUGUUUGCCGGUGGAGUAGCAGGGAUCGUAGGUUGGACUAUAGGAACACCCAUGGACGUGAUCAAAGCCCGCCUGCAGGUGGACGGAGCGCGGGAGACGAGGCGAUACAAAGGCUUCUUCCACUGCAUCACGGAGACGGCGAGGGUGGAGGGAGCGGGGGUGUUCUUCAAGAGCUUAGGCAUCAACUGUCUGCGCGCUUUCCCCGUCAACAUGGUGGUGUUUGUUACGUACGAGGUUCUCACUGGGUUCCUGCGAGACGGACCCGACAGCGUUGACCCUCCUCGGAUGGGGUUCGAAUAGUAUUGACUGACGCUGUUGUCGAGGCCACAUAUUCUGUUGGAGUUUAUGUUUCAUGCUGAUGUUUUACAGACAUGAUGGCGAGGAGAUCUGGCAACUGUUGCACUGCAGUAUUUUAAUAUUUGAGCUCUUACAUGUUUAAUAAUCAGUUAGGUCAGUAUUACAUCCUAAUAUGCUCAGGGACUAAUAUAUCAGUAAUAUAGGCGCUGCUGGUACCAGAUUGAACCAACAAACGUUUCACCACUAGAUGGCCCCCCAGGCCAGCUUGUUACCGUCUUCUCUCCUUGUGCUGUAUAUUUAUGACGAGAGAACACUCUGCACAACUGGUGUAGUGUUUCACCAGAGGAGCAGCACACUAAUAAACCUCACCGGUGUUUAGAUUGCUAAAACAUAAGCUAUAUUUAACUGCUCUCAAGACCCAUUGAUGGUCUUGAGUGUGGAGUUUUAUGAAUGAGCUACAGGACGCACAAUCUACAGCGUGAUACCCGUCCAGUCCCACUCUGCAUGUAUGCAUAUUUAAACAGCCAUGACUCAUACGCAGCUCAGCAGCAAAAUGGCAAAGCUGGACGAUUUGAAUUAAACACAUUAUGUUGGUAUUUUUAAACCCUGAUGAACUGGAUCUAUGAAAGAAGUGUUUUAUAAAUAGAAUUGUAGUAAGAAAGCAGCCCAGGAGCCUGAAGGGAAUGUUGGCAUUGUACGUUUCUGCAAACCACCGUUUCUGUUUCUAUGAGCUGACUUUGCCAUCAGGUGUUAGAGGGAAUGGCUGAUGGCAUGGCACCUUGGCGAGACCACCGUUGAAGACCAGCAAACAGCAAAACUGGUUGUUUUUUUUAGAGCUUUCGCCAUGUAUCCAGCGGCUUUUUAGUCAUCAAACGUGGGUGUUUUUUAGUGACUCACCACUGUUUUUCCACCGUAGUGGCACGAAAAGUGGAUGUUUUUUACUGAGAUGUUGCUGCAUUU